GGAGGAGCCGCGGGAGCCGCUGCCGCCGCCCUCCGCCCCCUCCCCUUCUCCCUUCCUCCUCCUUCUUCUCCUCCUUCUCCCCGGCCGGAGGGAGGACUCCCGGAGCAGCCCCGGCGGCCGGAGCGCCCCGCCGACUCGGGAGAAUGCGGCGGCGAUCGCGGAUGCUGCUUUGCUUCGCCUUCCUCUGGGUGCUGGGCAUUGCCUAUUACAUGUACUCCGGGGGCAGCACGGCGCUGGCCGGCGGCGGGAGCAGCGGCGGAGCCGGCAAGAAGGAGGACUGGAAUGAACUCGACCCAAUUAAAAAGAAAGACCUGCACAAUAACAAUGGGGACGACAAAGCACAAAAUGUGGAGACUCUCCCUCCAGGGAAGGUUCGGUGGCAAGACUUCAAUCAGGAAGCUUAUGUUGGAGUCACUAUGGUACGAUCUGGUCAAGACCCAUAUGCCCGUAACAAAUUCAACCAAGUGGAAAGUGACAAGUUGCGAAUGGAUAGAAACAUACCUGACACCAGACAUGAUCAGUGUCAGAGAAAGCAAUGGCGGGUAGACUUACCAGCCACCAGUGUGGUAAUCACCUUUCACAAUGAAGCCAGGUCGGCCUUGCUGAGAACCGUAGUCAGUGUGCUUAAGAAAAGUCCCCCUCAUCUUAUAAAAGAAAUCAUAUUGGUAGAUGACUACAGUAAUGAUCCUGAGGAUGGUGCUCUUUUGGGGAAGAUUGAGAAAGUUCGGGUUCUUAGAAAUGAUCGGCGAGAAGGCUUGAUGCGCUCUCGAGUCCGAGGGGCAGAUGCAGCCCAGGCUAAAGUCCUGACGUUCUUGGACAGUCAUUGUGAAUGCAAUGAGCACUGGCUGGAGCCCCUCCUGGAGAGGGUAGCAGAGGACAAGACCCGGGUUGUAUCACCUAUCAUUGAUGUCAUUAAUAUGGAUAACUUUCAGUAUGUGGGGGCUUCGGCUGAUUUAAAAGGCGGUUUUGAUUGGAAUUUAGUGUUCAAGUGGGACUACAUGACCCCAGAACAGAGGAGAGCACGCCAAGGAAAUCCAGUUGCUCCCAUAAAAACCCCCAUGAUCGCUGGCGGGUUGUUUGUGAUGGAUAAAUUCUACUUUGAAGAACUGGGAAAAUACGAUAUGAUGAUGGACGUAUGGGGAGGAGAAAACCUGGAGAUUUCGUUCCGAGUGUGGCAGUGUGGUGGCAGCCUAGAAAUCAUCCCAUGUAGCCGAGUUGGGCACGUGUUCCGCAAGCAGCACCCCUAUAGUUUUCCAGGGGGCAGUGGCACUGUGUUUGCCCGAAACACUCGCCGGGCUGCAGAAGUCUGGAUGGAUGAAUAUAAAAAUUUUUACUAUGCAGCAGUGCCUUCAGCCAGAAAUGUUCCUUAUGGGAAUAUUCAGAGUCGACUAGAACUAAGGAAGAAACUUAGUUGCAAGCCCUUCAAAUGGUACCUUGAAAAUGUCUACCCUGAAUUAAGGGUUCCUGACCAUCAGGAUAUAGCUUUUGGAGCAUUGCAGCAGGGUAACAAUUGUCUGGAUACUUUGGGACAUUUUGCAGAUGGAGUUGUAGGAGUUUAUGAGUGUCACAACUCUGGGGGAAACCAGGAAUGGGCCUUAACAAAGGACAAGUCGGUAAAACAUAUGGAUUUGUGCCUUACUGUGGUGGACCGAGCUCCAGGCUCCCUCAUAAAACUACAGGGCUGCAGAGAAAAUGACAGCAGACAGAAAUGGGAGCAAAUUGAAAGCAAUUCUAAAUUGAGGCAUGUAGGAAGCAACUUGUGCCUGGACAGCCGUAAUGCCAAAAAUGGAGGCCUAAGCGUGGAGGUCUGCAGCCCAUCCUUAUCACAACAGUGGAAGUUCACACUUAACCUGCAGCAGUAGAAGCAAGGGCUGAGGAAAAGCAACACGACACCCAGCGAACGCCGUCACGUUUCCUACACAUUGGGCAGAGUUUUGAUGAUCGCAUUAUCAAUUCUAUUUCUUAAACUUUCCACAGAACUAUAUACCUCAGUAUUCCAUCAUGGUCUGAAAAUAAGAACUACAAGAGCAAGACACAGGGGAACCGCGUGGGCCAGGGGGAGAGGGGAAAUGCUGCUCUCCUUAUCUCACCAGAUGCAGCUGCAGCCCUGCCCCCUCUUCUCUGUGAACCCUUUCCCGUUUCUUUCCCCGCUCCUGCUUAGCGCUCGCACAAACAGUCGAUUAACAUCCCUAGCAACAACUGACAUACUGUAGGAAAAAUGGAUCUAAACACAUACAGGUUGGGGAAUUAGGGAGGGAGAAAGGGGUGUAGUUAACUUUCUCACUGAGAAGAUCAUUUUUAAAGCUCCAUUUUUUCCCCCAUAGAAAGCAUUAUUUACAGUUUCUGAAACUGAACUGUCAUUUUGAAGGUUUAUGGGGUUUUUUUCUUCCUCUUCACUUCCCUCCCCAGUCCUCUUUCCAGUCCUGAAUCCCUUACUCCCAUAUAAUGUACUUGCUAUAUUUGAAUAUGAACUUUUCUAUGAUGGGACACUAAAUAUAAAUAUAUAUUAAAAAUACGGUCAGUUCCCAAUGGUUUAUAUGGGUCACCAUCACCGUCAUCAUCCUUGUCAAUUCUCCAGAAAGCUGUUCACACAUGUGAAAAGAAGAGGGGCUUGAACCCAAUCAUGAAAUGGAGCUCUCUUCUGACAGAGGAAGAGAACCUCACCUAUUUUCCCGGGGUCUUCCUACGAGUGGGUUCUUCUCCACCUGCCAAGGACACAGGAGGCAACAGAAGAGGAGAGCAAAGCAUCCCUCAUGGCCAAGGCCCAACCCUCCUCAUCCCAGCAGCAUCCAUGUCCUGGCAUUUACUUUGGGUUUGCACCGUGACUUGGAAUUCACUCUGUGUGCUGUCAGUUAUCUGUAAACCUAUAUCAGUUACUUGUAUUGAAGAAUAUUGCUUUUGGUCUUUUAAAUUAAAUUUCCUUUCUUUAAAAAAUAAAAACUAAAAACAACCCCACAGCUCCCAAUAUGAAUAAUGGCACAACUUGCCACAGCCCUUUGACAGGUGCAGACAAAUUAUAUUACAUUAUGUAGCCGUCACAAUACCAGCAUUGGUCUAAUUAUUACUUGAGCCCAUAAGACUCGGGCCUUCAGAAUUAAUUGAGCUGCCAGCUGAAUGUUUGUGAUUAGUUGUUGUGGACGAAAACAAAUCCAGUUUAUGGAUUUGGUCUAAUUGGUGUCCUGAUAUGUGAGUGGCACCAGCGUGGUUAAAGUGGGCUCUGCAUUUCAACCUGCCUUCUUGAUGGCAACAUUUUUGUAGUCCUUAUAUUGGAAUACAUCACAUCUUUUCUUCUCCUCCCCCUCCUCCCCCCUCUAAAUGACUGCCUCAGUGAGCUUUGGGUAAAGAAAGAAAAUGAAUGGAAAAUCAAUGCCAGAAAACUUACUGUAAUGAAUUUGUGCACAAGAUGAGAGCCUUUUGAUCUAGGAAGACGAUUUCUAUUUAAACCAUGGAGUGAUUAUAACCGGUAGUAAGGCAGUGUGUGUGUGUGUGUGUGUGUGUGUGUGUGUAUGUGUGUGUGUGUGUGUGUGUGUGUGUGUGUGUGUGUGUAAAAACACCUGGGCAGUUACCUUAAGAGAAAAAAUAUCUAUUGGGUUUAUGCGGUAGAUUAUUCUCUAGGAGCUUUGUCUUGGUGGCGAUGUGGAAAACAAUGACUGUUAGCUAAACCCUUGUAGUAAAUGGGUGCUUGGUCCUCCCAAGGCUCCAAACUCAGAAAGCUUGAGUCAACCAGCUGACAGAAGAGCUCCUGACUGCUGUGUGUUCACAUCAGGUCCGCAUGUGUGUUCCUUUUUAGAGGUUGGGGAGUUCAGGAACAGGUGGAUUUGGGAUCUGGUAGGGCAGUGAUAAAUCAACUCUGGCCUUUUAUCCCAUCCCUAUCCAGUCCACCUGUUCCAAGGAAUGGAAGCUUUCAUCCCAUUCCUCCUGUCCCUUUUCCCCCCAAGUCCCAUAAAACACCAAAUUUAUGAGCAUUUAUUAAUGUGAUAAUACAGCAAAAGAAUUUCCAGGUUGUUUUUGGCCUGCAACUGUUUCCCUUCCACUGUGUCAACCCAGCCAGAGGAAAGGGGCUGUGGGUUCUGAAUUCAUUCUGCAGCAGGAUGCUGUAGCACGUUCCCAUCUUUGGAGGGAAAAAAAUGUACUCCAAAUAGAUCCUUGGGAUGAGGCUAAGGAUAAACUUCAAGAUGACGUACGUGUGCAAUCAUAUUGAACAAGUACUCAUGGGCAGGAAGCUCCUGUCCAGACGCACUUACUUCUGGAUUCUGCUAACUGAAAUCCCAGUCACUGAUGAGCUAUUGCUACUGUAAAGGGGCCCCCCAUAAGUAUAGGGAAGUGUUUCAAUUUGGCUGAUUUUUUUUUUUGGAGGGGAGAGAGAGAGGUUUCUUAGUGAAUCCCUGAUCCCCACCCCUAGCCAGAGGUCUUAAUUGUCAAACCCACUGUACUGUAAGGAUGUAUCUACCAAACUCUGUGUUGUGGCUGCUGCCCAAAGAGGAGGUGAUCUUGCUUAAUUUCUUUCUGAGCUAGCAACCUUCUACAAUACCAUGAGCAGAACAGA